AGCUGAUCCGAGCGCUCACAUGUUUACGUCGGUGCACCAGCGUGAGAAUUGGGGAAGAGGAAGGAAAACUCAAUAAAAGAAGGAAAAAGAAGAGAACUUGGCAGUGUAGAUAGUAAGAAACGCCACCAGAGAAGAAAGAAGAACGUGGGAAUUCAUCUAUCUGUACAAAUAAAACUAUAAAUUAAACAAAACCUGAACGUCAAGGAAGAAUCAAUGAAGAAAGAACAGAACACAAAUACAGACAAGAUGAAGGGUAAGAAGUGGAAGGAGAAGAAAAAGGGGAAAAAAGCCCCUGGAAUGGAGGAUGACAUGAAUGAGGUCUUGGCUGACCCUCGUUUCGCCCAUGUUGCCUCCGACCUGAGGCUGAGAUACAUGCCCAAGGACGAACGCAAAGUCAAACUCGAUAGUCGCUUCUCCUCUGUACUCACGGAUGACAAAUUCUAUGAGAAGCAUACCAUGGACCCACGGGGUAGGAAAGGGAACUACUCCACAAAGGAGGACCUUCUCAGAUUUUAUCGCAUGUCAUCGGACGAGGAGAGCAGUGACGAGGAGACGGCGUCCUCCGCAGAUGAAGACGAAAGUAUAGGGGAGGCAGAGAAGGUGGAGGUCGAAAGCCAAGGAGAGCAGAAAAAGAGUGAAAAGAAAGGUUCAGCAAAGAAGAUCCAAAAGGCCAAAGAUGAUUUGAAGAAAAAGGAGGUCAGGAAAGAAAUAAGGGAAUCCGUAAAAGAUGAGGAAGAAGAGGAAAGAAGAGACAGAACAGCCAAGGAGGUUGCAAAUAUACCAGAUAACCUACGAGAAAAACUCCAAGAUUUGGACAUGGACUAUGCCCGUGGUGAGCUGUUCUUCUCAGAUGACUCCUCAGAUGAUGACUCCAGCACAACAGAUGAGGACGACGAACCAGAGGAGUUUGAGUGGGGAGAGCUUGACCACGAUGCAGAGUGGGAGACUGAAGAUAAUGAAGUAGAGGAAACUUCUCGUCUUGCUCUGUGUAACAUGGACUGGGAUCGCAUCAAGGCAGCAGAUAUCAUGAAACUCUUUACUUCCUUCUGUCCAAGAGGUGGAUCUAUAAGAAAAGUGACAAUAUAUCCAUCUGAAUUUGGAAAGGAGCGCAUGGCAGAAGAAGUCUUAAAAGGACCUCGAGAGUUGGUUUCAGGCCCGGCAGACGAAGAUGAUGAUAUAAAUCUUGUUGAUCUUGAGAAACUAGAAAGAGGUAUUUUGAAUUCCAGUACUGGAGCAAAUGCAAAACAUUAUGAGACCUUAAGGAGAUAUCAGCGCAAUCGUCUUCUCUACUACUAUGGUGUUAUAGAGUGUGAUACUACUGACACAGCUAAAAUCAUCUACAAAGAGUGUGAUCGGCAGCCUUUUGAAGAGACAGGAAUUCUCAUUGACUUGAGAUACAUUCCUUCUGACAUGACUUUUGAUGAUGAGGUUUUUGAUAGAUGUGAAGCCGUACCAGACACAUAUGAGCCCAAACAUUUCAUCACAACUGCUCUCCAGUUAUCUCAGCCAUCACUGACCUGGGAUGAAACAGACCCAGACAGACAGAGGAUCCUGUCAACAGCAAUGACAAAAGCUCUGAAGGGGGAAGAAGUUGAUGAGGAAUAUUUGAAGGGCUUUGUUGCUUCAGGUAGUGAAUGUGAAGAUGAAGAAUCUAUACAAAGUGAUGAAGAUGACGAGAGUGAGGACGAAGAUGCCAAAGCUGCCCGCAUUGCAAAGUUUAGAGCUCUCAUUAAAGAAAUAGAUGAGAAAGAGAAUAAGAAAAAACAGGAACAUGUACAUAUGGAAGAAAUGUUUGCUGUGGAAGAGGAUUCAGAGGAAGAAGAAGAGGAGGAGGAGGAGGAUGUCGAGACAGCAGAGGAAGACGCGGCAAAGGAAAAGUCGGACCUCAAUCCCUUCGAGAAGUAUUUGGAGAAACGGAAGGCCAAGAAGAAAGAAAGAGAACAGAAGAAGAAGCAGGUAAAGAAUACUGAGAAUGGGGACUCGGAGGAAAGCGAUUACGACGAUGUUCCGGAAGGUGUUGACUUAAACAGCAAUCCAUACUUUGCGGAGGAGAUUAAGAAAAUGAAAGGGGAGAAGAAACAGAAGAACUCGAGUAAGAGUAAAAAGAGUAGCAUGGAGGAAACCGAGGUGGAAAGUAAGCAAGGUGAUCUGGAGUUGUUACUUAUGGACGAAGAUGAUGCGGAGAAGAAGCACUUUAACAUGAGGGAUAUUAUUGAAGAUAACAAGGAGAAGAAGAAGAGGAGGAUGAGCAAGAACAAGAAGAAACUUGAAAAGAUGAAGGAGAAGGAGAUCGAGAAGCAAAAGGCUGUAGACGAUUUUGAGAUAAAUACAGGAGAUUCGAGGUUCUCCCAGCUCUUCUCGUCUGGAGACUAUAAUAUCGACCCGUCACAUUCACAGUUCAAAAGAACAAAGGCUAUGGAUACACUUAUUAGUAAUAUACAGCAGAAACGAGCCGCUGAGACGUAUGAGAAUGUGCCUGACUCCAAGAGAAGCAAGGCCGAUUCCAAGAAGACAGACCAUGAACUCUCCUUGUUGGUCAAAAGAGUUAAAGGGAAAACACAGAGAAAAAAAAAAUGUUAAAUAAGUAAUAAAUUAAAAAGAAAGUAAGGAAGUUUU